AUGAAGAUUGUUGCGGGCGUUGACCUUGCAAUAGCAGUGACAAAAAUGUUGUUACUUGCAAUUGUGUGCAUUCGAUGGCAAAAGAAGCCUCAAGAUUGGGAGAAGCGUAGCUGCUUCUCGUUAUGGCUGCUUCCUCUUUGCACCAACCAAUCUAGUUUCUUGACCAGCAAGAGCAGCUCGAGGAGAUCUAGCGUUUUUGGUUUCGGGAAAAGCAAAAGUGGUUAUUCCAGCUACUUUUCUAAUCAGGGUCUUGGCCGUUACUUCAAUUUUAGUGAAUUGCAGAAUGCGACACAAAAUUUUGAUGAGAAGGUUUUAUGGGCAAGGCUCGUAAUAAAUCUAGCAUUACCAAGGGAGCAGGUGAAUUUGGUCGAGUGGGCAAUGCGGUGCCACAGGAAAUGA